AUGAGGUCCGUUCUAGGGUUGGCUUCGUGGGCCGUGCUUCUCCUCUUCCUCUCCGGGCGCAUUCCCUCCAAUCCCGCGGCAAGCAGCCACUCGCGGGGAAGAGCGCUCCUUGAUCUCGCGCUCGCGCAGCCGGCAGCCGCCCCAAAUCACUUGAUCGGCAGCGGCGGCUGUGACAGCCCAGGGAAAUCUCACGAUGCGUGUUCCUUCGUCAAGGCUCACGCCCGUGACUGCGCGUCGGGGGGCGCCAUCGAUUACACGCGGAUCUUCUUCUGCCGCUUUGGAGCUCUCCCAUGGCUGGGGCAUUUGCUGCUGGGCAUUUGGCUCGCCUCGCUCUUCUACAUGCUGGGCAACACCGCCGCCGACUACUUUUGUUGCUCGCUCCAGAAGCUCUCCAGCUUGCUCCAUCUCCCUCCCACCGUCGCGGGGGUCUCCUUACUCCCUCUCGGCAAUGGAGCUCCGGACGUCUUCGCCAGUAUCGCGGCCUUCGUGGGGGCUGGAGCUGGCGAAGUUGGCCUAAACAGUGUUCUUGGAGGAGCUGUGUUCGUGACUUCCGUGGUGGCGGGGCUCGUCUACGUGAUCACUGCCGGGAGAACUUCCAGCUCCGUCCAGCUCGAUCGCCACUGCUUCAUCCGGGACGUUUGCUUCUUCCUUGUCACCCUCGCGAUCCUCACGAUCAUUCUCUACGUUGGGAGGAUUAGUUUCUGGGGAGCUGUGGCCUUCGUCUCGAUCUAUCUCGUCUAUGCCGUCACUGUGGCUGCCUCGGAGGUGAUCAAGAAGCAAGCAUCCAAGCUACGGUGGCUGCCCAUGCAAGCCGUGGUUCACGACGAGGAUCCAGAGAACAACUGUGGAGGUGGGCUUCUCACGUAG